GUGAAAUUGCGUGACUGCGGAGCAACCAAGAGCAGUGUGCUUCUGACAGCGGUCCGAUCGCGUAGAACUUUUUUAGUUUCAGUCCUAUCCGUUAGAUUUCUAGAUCAACAGCCAUGUCUCUUCGCGUGUUGAACCCCGCCAUGCUGAAUGCCUGGAGCCAGACCUUGGUGCGGGCCAUGUCCACCCAGGGCGGCAGCAAGAACAUCGGCUUCGUGGGCCUGGGCAACAUGGGCGCCAACAUGGCCAGCAACCUGAUCAAGGCCGGUCACAAGCUGCAUGUCUUCGACAUCUCCAAGCCCGCCUGCGACGGUCUGGCCGCCAAGGGAGCCACCGUCUACUCGAAGACCUCGGAGUUGGCCAAGAACUCCGACUUCGUGAUCACCAUGCUGCCAAACAACGCCAUUGUGGAGGCUUCCUACGAUGAGAUGACUGCCGGUGGUGUGAACAAGGAUACCAUCUUCAUUGAUUCAUCCACCAUUUCGCCGGAUCUGGUGAAGUCGCUGCAGAAGAAGAUCAGCGGCAAGGGAGCGCGCUUCAUUGAUGCCCCCGUUUCUGGCGGAGUUCCCGGAGCGGAGCAGGCCACCCUCACCUUUAUGGUGGGUGGAACUGAAGCGGAGUACAAUGCCGUCAAGGCCGUGCUGGAGUGCAUGGGCAAGAGGAUCACCCACUGCGGUGUCUAUGGAAUGGGCCAGGCUGCCAAACUGUGCAACAACAUGAUGUUGGCCAUCUCCAUGAUUGGUGUUUCGGAGGCCAUGAAUCUGGCCGUUCGCCAGGGAUUGGAUGCCAAUGUCUUCGCCGAGAUCAUCAACUCCUCCACCGGUCGCUGUUGGUCCUCUGAGGUUUACAACCCGGUGCCCGGAGUCUGCCCCACUGCCCCCGCCAACAGGGACUACGCCGGUGGCUUCUCCACCGCUCUGAUCACCAAGGAUCUCGGUCUGGCCUCCGGCGUGGCCAACUCCUCCAACUCACCGAUUCCGCUGGGAUCGCUGGCCCACAAGGUCUACCAAUCGCUGUGCGAGAAGGGCCUGGGCAACAAGGACUUCUCCGUGGUCUACGACCUCAUGAAGAAGGAGAAGUUCAGCGUUUAGGUUACUUACUGGCUAAGAUUCGUGUCCGAUCCAAAAACCAGUCCUGCAUUUAUAUAUAUCGCUAAGUUUUUCGAGAGCCUACCCCUAUUUUGCUAAUUCGACUGUGCAAUUACCAUGUUCUAGGCAAAUAUGUACGUAAAUUAAAAACGUAUUCGUUUAUCGUAUUGAAGUGAAAAAGUUCCAUUGUGUUGCGUAA